CUUUUGCCUUGACUUUCUUUGCGGUUUCCUCGUAUAUUCCUUACGACUCCACUCUGAGCAUAUGAAAUAAAGGGUUUUGAAAGUUGGGGAUUGAUUCAUCGACUGGUUCGUGACGAAGAAGGAAAAGAAUAAGAAGGAAUUCUCUUUGCAGUGAAUGUUGUGGUGGUGAUGAUGAAAGUUGGAGAGGUUCAGAUGGAGGAGGGUUGUAGAGAGAGCGGAAGUAGUGUUGAUGAUUCAGCACCUCUUCUUUCUCCUCCUCAGGCUACAAGUUGUUCCAGUGAGGUAAAGGAUGACGAUGUGGAGGUUUCCUCUGCCGCUUGUUGCCGUAUCUGCCUUGAAUCAGAGAGCGAUAACCCUGGGGAGGAACUAAUCUCGCCAUGUAUGUGUAAAGGCACCCAACAGUUUGUUCACCGGUCAUGCCUCGAUCAUUGGCGCUCAGUGAAGGAAGGAUUUGCCUUCUCACAUUGCACAACUUGCAAGGCACAAUUUCAUCUUCGGGUGGAGCUACUAGAGGACUAUUCUUGGCGAAAAAUAAAAUUCAAAAUAUUUGUCGCUCGGGAUGUUCUCCUCGUAUUUUUGGCUGUACAAACUGCAAUUUCUUUGAUGGGUGGUCUUGCUUAUUUGAUGGAUACAAAUGGGGAAUUCAGGAAUUCUUUCAGUGAUGGAUGGGACCGUAUAUUGUCGAAGCAUCCAAUACCGUUCUACUACUGUUUUGGGGUUUUUGUUUUCUUUGUUAUACUGGGAAUUGGAGGGUUGUUAGUGCAUUGCUCGUCCAUCAACAACAAUGAUCCCUGCAUGGCUGGAUGCCGCAAUUGCUGUUAUGGAUGGGGCAUUUUGGAUUGUUUUCCAGCUUCCAUGGAAGCUUGUGGUGUUUUGCUUGUCAUAUUUGUUGUCAUUUUUGCCAUCCUUGGAAUUGCAUAUGGACUCCUUGCUGCAACCAUGGCUAUUCAGAGGAUAUGGCAGAAACAUUACCACAUUCUCACCAAGAGGGAGCUCACAAAGGAAUAUGUUGUUGAAGAUCUUCAUGGGUCCUAUACACCUCCAAAACUGGACCAUGAACAUGAAGAACGGCUGAAGCAGCUCAAGCUUUUGUAGAUAUUGACUGCAUGUUUGUCAGGCCCUGAGUUCAGGUUAUCCGUGUUAUUAAUAGGAAAAGGUGAUAGUUUGUUUGUGCUUUUUCUUCUUGGUGGAUUGAAAGCAUCAAAUCUAUUGGGUAUGUUGCGUCGCUGGCUUUUCCGAAAUGAUGGCAAACAUAUAAUAUCCAUCUGAAGUUGGUGUCAAGUGUGUUAUGCUGUAGUGACUAGCCAUGCUUGCAUUUCAUCGCCUGAGUUGUCUUACCUCGCCAUCUGGUGAUCUUUGUGAAUCCCAUCCAAAGCAAUCAAUAGGGGUUUGAUGCACCAUAUUACUUUUUGUAAUAACCCCUUUUGGGAAAAAAAUUAUUCUUUGAAA